GCUUUUGUAAUAAGUGAAUUUAGCUGUCAGAAUGACAAUUCAAUAGCCCCGCCAUCGAGUUGCUUUCCUCAUCAUAUUUUGGUGCUUUGCGUGCUUAUUUCGUUUUCCAAAACAAAACCGUGCCACAAAAUUUGUGUCUGUCCAACUAAAGUGCAUAUUACAAAUAUAUUAAAUUACAAAAUAUUGUUAUAAAUUAUUAGAACAUUUUAUAUGUCCAUGGCGACGUUAAAGUUCAGUGACCCUGUCACGCUGACCCAAUAAAGCAAAUAGCUUUAGCUAGAACAUAAUCAAGCGUUUUAGUGUUCUUUCAGAUAUUAAUUAGUAAAAAAUAUACACAUGCAAUAUUUUACAAGUGCGAGAGUAACUCUGGAAUACUUUGAUACGCCAAAUACACUUGUUAUUGGGCCAUUCUCUAUGUUUGUAAUAUUCUUUUACAUCAAACUAUUUUACGUAUUGGUUGUUCUAUACAUAUCGUUGCAUUACAUCAACACAAUCGGCGACUAAUAUCCACAUAUAGGGGGCAUAGGCAACAACAGAGAAAGACAAGUUAAUCGCGGCGGGGGCUUGUAAUAUAGAAAUGUAUCAUUUUAUGGCCACAUGUGCGCCUGAGCCAUUGGAGUUAUCGGAAAAAGUUCAAAUACCAGGCCACGUAAGACAAUAUCUUAAGGACUUCCAAUUAGAGACACUUCGGUUUUUACAUACACAUUUAGCUAAUCGAGAUUUUUGUAUAUUGAACGAUGAGAGUGGAUUGGGCAAAUGUGUGUCAACUGCUGUGUAUUUAGGUGUAAUAGCCAAAAAUAAAACAUGUCUUAUUGUUGUUCAAAACGAUGAUGAACUUGUUGCCGGCUGGCAAUUUCAUUUCGAUAUACUUACGAAUCUAACCGUUGGAGUUUUGGGUUCGAAUACGAGCAUCUUGGAGUCACCACCAAAUAUAAUCAUAGCGAAAUGGGCUACUCUGCGUUCAACAAUUGAUGGAAACAAAUAUAAUUAUGAUUAUAUUAUUAUCGAUAAUCGAGGCCAAAUGAUGAGUAAUAACUUCUGCAUGUCUAUGCUCCUGAGUAACUAUGAACAUAAAGUCAACUUAAUAAUAUCUAGUAACGAUGUAACGUCUGAUUUAAAAUUGUUACAUAACUCGCUACGUCUGGGUGGACGUUUGGAUCAUCAGUAUGAACAGUUUAAAGUUUUUGAGGCGAAAUACAAAUUGCCCGACUCGAAGGAUGUACUUAAUAAAAUUGCAGAUUUGGAGCAAUAUUUCUUAAAACGUGAAAUGAUAAGUGAUUUUUGCAAAGAUUUUCGGUUACGGCGUUAUCGACACCAGUUUGAAGACGAGCUGCCGCUUGUGGAUGCAGAACGGUAUAAGAUUGACUUGGAUUUGUGGCGUUCAAAUAGCUCACAAAAAUCAAAUUCAAAUGCCAACAACUUAAAUGCGAAUUCCGAAACACCGACUGAAGAACUUUUCAAUCAGGCAUUAGCGUUAAAUCGCGAAAUAACGCACAUUAUAGAUGCAGAAAAGGGUGAUGCGUUUUUAAUGGCAAAUAAUGAGGCUUCGGAAGAUGCGCUUAGUAUGUCACCGCUUUUAAUUGACUCUGACUCAUGCAAUAGCGAUGAACCCGAAGAAGUUGUCGACAUAACGAAUCAAGAAACCAGUUUACCUCCUCAAAGUAAACAACCAGCUCCCGACAUUUAUGAAUUUGUUGACUUAUCAACGGAGAAAUGUUCGGAGGAAUAUGUGAGUAGUGUCAGCAGAGCUAAACCAAACACUGCAAAUAAAACGACUGAAAGUCGAUCGACUUCACGAUCGCCUGUGCAGAAAAGCAACAACAUAAAGACAAUUGUAAUAAAAGACACACAAGAAAUCGAUAAUGGCAAAGAAUUGACCAAAAGUCAAGCCAACCGAAAAAAGACAAAAUUACAAGCUUCCAAAGAGGUGUUGGAAAAAAAGACAAAUGGAAAGAAAGCAGAUACAAAUGAUAAUCAAAAUGAAGGUUUGAACACUCGCUUGGCACAGAAAGCCACCAAAGUGAAUGAUAACAAUAAAACUGUAACAGUUUCAAAACGUCAAAUAAGAAAUAAAAACGUAAUAAAACCAAAUGAUGUUGCGGAAAGUCAUACGUCAGAGGAUAAAGUUAAUAAUAAAGAUACAAUUACCAUAACUAAACGCAGAACCUUGAAACAGCCGGAAAAAUAUGUAAAACAUACCGCAAAUAAAAAAAUAUCCACUAAUAAAACUGAAUUUGCUACUUCAGCGAAGCGAACGAAAUCGGAUCAGUCGCAUAAGAAUGAGGAAACACUAAAAACUACAGAUAAAGCGGUCGAGCAUACAAGCCCUAGUAAAUUAAAUGAAGCUAAGCAGCAUACUGAUAAAGUAAAAGAAAAAAACACAAAAAGCGAUGAAAAACCUGCUGGGUUGAAGGAAAAGGAAAUUAAGUCUAAACAUCAUGUGAAUGAAUCAAAAGAAACGCCUAGACGUUUAAGACACACAAGAGGCGACAAAACUGAUGUUCGAAAAGAUACAAAUGCUGUGACAACUGAAAAAGUAUCUCCAGGUACAGUUAAGUCUGCAACUCCUAAAAAAAUUGCACAGGAAAGUGAUAAGGUCAAAGAAAAUAAAUCAACAAAAGAUUCACCUAAAGAUGUUGACGUGAAACAAAGUAACAAACCGAAAUCAAAAGUUAAAUCACGUGUAGAUGUGCCACAGACACCAACCUUGCGGAAUACCAGAAGUAUGCAACGGCAAACGCGGUCCACGGACGCCGUAAAAAGUAAAUACAUGAAAUCGCCACUGUUACUAGAUGGUAGCAGAAAGCCGAAGAGAAAGCGGGCAAGACUGACAGAGGAUUGUGCCAAGGCUGGAACUAAGAAUGUGCAAGAAGAUGACACCGAAUCGGUGGAGGCAGACACAGCAAGCAAACGCAAGAAAAACGAAAAGGAAAAAUUAGCAACUGAGGACAACAGUAAUAUAAGUGGGAAAACCGCGCAAAGUAAGAGUCCAAAAAGGCAAACAAAUAAUAUAGUUUCUAAAGACGUUAUCAAUACCACCGAUUCCGCAAUACUGCCAUGCUCCAACAACACAGAAGAUAUGCAAUGCGGCCAAAAAAUAAUUGCCGAUACACACUCAGAUAACGGCUUCUUGCGGCCACCAACACCAGUGCGCAACAUACGUAAUUCUGAACCUAAACAAUUUUUACCCACGCCUAUAAGCAUAAACGAUUCCGAAGUAGUAUUUGUGCCAUCCACAGACCCGCCGAAUAAAAGUCAAUCAGUUGUUGUCCUUUCCAGUUCAACGGAUGAUGGCUCACUUUCGUCUCAGCAAUCUGUACAGAGCCGACGAACGCGUGCGCUGAAACAGAAAAAGGCGCUAAAGCGUCCAGCAACGGACGUUGCCAAUACCAGUCCAUUGGCCACAACGCCAACUUUCGGCGAACUAUUAGCCAAACAACGGAUGCAGCGCAAGUCACCGGAUUUGUUUAGUGCGAGCACCGAACUUGGUUUGACUUGCACACAGCAAACGGCGGGCGAUAGGCAUGAUGGUGUGGAGACUUUUCAGGGCUUUAAAAUAUUUGGUUCUGAAGUGAAGCAAAUGCAACAACAAAACGCACAAAUUGCAGGUGGCAAGAAAUCAAAGCAAGUGCUAAGUCGUGGACGCUCGUGUUUAAAUAUACUUGAAAAAAUGUUUGAUACGCCCGCUACAGAGGCCGCAGAUGCUACGGCGACUGCGCCAACGCAAGCAACAACAAAAACAACAAACACGCAGAAAUCAUCAAAGAAAGCACCCGAUAGCAAAUUAGUAAAGCGGGCGACCAGGGGAAGCCAACCUGUAAUGCCAACACUGCCAAAUGCUGUCUCUGCUACACAGCACCAGCACGGGAAAAGUAAACAAGCGCAAAAUAAUGGCCCUCCCACAAAUCAGGCGAUUAACGGCUCUCUGUUGGACGAAGAGAUAUUUGAGAUAACGAAUAAUGAUGCUUUCGGCAGUAUGAUGCGUAUCAAUUCAAGUGGCGAAAUAUCGCCGGUACAGACGACCGCACGCGGUCAACAGCCAACGCAACACAAUAAAAUCACAAACUAUCUAAUCGGUACUACGCAACUAACACCAACGGAAGCCACCAUGGAUGAGCGUACGCCAAGCAAGCGCACACAAACGCCACUGUCUGGCACAGUGACGCGCCGAUCUCCAAAAAAUAAAUCAACGCAAUCAACCAAAUUAACCAAGUGGUUUCAGAAAAAUGGCACGCACAAUGAUCUCCAAGCGAAUGCAACACAGAAUGAACUCAAUUUGCGUACGCACACCAGAAACACAAUGGCUAAGCGUCUUAAGCGGCGUUGCCUAGAGUUAUCCUUUAGAAAUUGAGUGAAAUUGACCAUUUGGAUGAUGAUGCUGAGGAUGUUAGAUGCGACAAUAUGCAUGUACAUAUGUAUGUAUGCAAAUUAUUAAUUAAAUUAAAAAUGCAUGUAUUUAAUAAUAUAAUUAUAGACAGUUUUAAUGUACAUUUAUUCAAUUUUAACGCAAUUACACACACACAUAGUUUUUUUUUAAUACUUAUAUACUUAGUAAACUAAUUAAAUAUUGUACAAACACAAGAAUUAGUUCAAAGUAUAGACAUUUAAUGUAAGCUAUGUGAAAUGUCUGCACCUCAUACAUAAAACUGCUGGGUACAACUAUUUCGCAUCGGCCAUUGAACGCCAUUGAAUGUAUGCAUAUACAAAAAACAAGAAAAAACUAAAUACAUUUACAUUAGUUUCGUUCUAGUGUUUAAUAAUAUUAUACAUAUAUAUUUACACACGAGAGUGUAAAUUAAAAUCAAUGUUAAAAAAUUUUAAUAUUUAGCCAAAAAAAGAGAAGAAUUAAAGUGAUUGAAAUA